GACGUCUAGCUUGUAGUCAGAAAGCGAUAACACUGCACAAGACGUGGGAAACUCAGCGACGUUGCUCGGAGCAAUUGAGGCGAUGCAAAUGUAACCCGUCUGGCCAUGUAGCAGUGUAGGAGGCCGACCAUUGGGCUUCGCCACUGCGCUCCUCAGAGUCGAAAACACAGAACCCGUAUGCCUCAGUGUUUGUGCAAUACACAUACUAAAGUGAGGGGGCCCGCUGAUAUGAAUAAUGAACAUAUGGUUGGGCACAAGUGAAAACUUCUUGAAGUUGCGGCGCUGUACCAUGCUAUUUGAGGGCAGCAUGAGCAUGCCUAACCAGGGUGCACGCCAGCUUUUUCUCUAUGAUCAUGGCCGUCCCCACUGGUCCCAGGGUGGACCUCUGUUCUACCCAGAUCGCCGCAUGCCACCUCCACCACCAGGACCUCAUGGGCCUAGUGCCCCACAUCCACACCCCAUGAGCAACCAUUUCCAGAACCAGCCUUUCCCAGGGCAAGGGCCUGGAGCUGGUCCUGCCCCCCAGUGGGUGCGUGGACCGCUGAUGGGUGGCCCACCUCCAGGACCUGGACCUCAUCCGCACCCAGGUGGACCUCCCAAUCAUCAGCAGCAGCUGGAUGGCUUUGGCUUCAACUUGCCCUGGAACAUGGCCAAUAACAAUCACCAUUACCAUCGUCAUAACAACCGCAACUUCAACCACCGAGACAAUAAUCACCGAAAUCACAAUGGUCGAGUUGGAGGAAAUGGUGGUGGAGGCCAAGUUAGCAAUCGCAAUGAGAAUGGAGAGCAGAGGUACUUAUGCUGCAAAUGCGGGGACUAUCUUCAGAACUCCAAUGAGUCUGGCGUACAUCUUUGCGAUGCAAACGUCCCUAAUAAUCAACAGCAGCCAUCUGCCAGUCGGGAACGGGAACUUUCUAGUGAAGAGAUCCAGAGUCGAUUAGCCAUGCUGUUGGAGACCGUGAAGGCAUCUUGCUCAGAAAUAACUGACAACCCACCUCUUUCGGAAGCUGUGCAGCGUUAUUUUGCUGCUCGAAUAGAAGAGCUGGCAUCUUUGGAGACGGCAAUCAUGAGUGAGACCAGCAAUAGUGAGGAGCGUCUUGCAGAACUGAAGGUGAGGCUUUGUGCUGUGGAGGAGAGGGACUCCCUUUUGCGGGAACAAGAGCAGCAACUAGCAAAGGAGCGCAUCAAAUUUGAAGAGGAGUGCAAAAAGGAACGCGAAGAGCUGGCCAGGCAGUGGCAACAGCUGAGAGAUGAAAUAACUCGUAUGGAGGAGAUGAACCGCAUACAGAAGGGUCGGAUCAAGUUAGAUGUUGGAGGACACGUAUUCACUACCUCACAACUAACUCUCACGCGGGAUUCUGACUCGAUGUUGGCCGCUAUGUUUUCUGGGCGCCAUGGUGUCAAGAAAGAAGAGGAUGGUACGAUCUUUAUUGAUCGUGAUGGCACUCACUUUCGCUACAUCCUGAACUACUUGCGGGAUGGUGGCCUGAGCACCGACGCCCUUCCACGCAAUCGACAAACACUGAGGGAGCUGCGCAAUGAGGCAGUGUACUUCCAACUUCAUGGGCUGGUGCAGCACAUAGAGAAGUUCCUCUGACUGACAACAGCAGGUGCUGACUCCUCAUCCCAAGGUGGACACCCAAAGGCAGAAGAGAUAGAUGUCUUUGCGAAAGUUCAGCUAUUUAAGUCUAGAAGCCUAAAAGCCUGGUGUUUGUAACUACCAGCACCUUGUCUGUGCACAGUGUUGUCUGGAGUUUUAAGGUUGCUUUCAAUCACGCAUUGCUGUUUUUUGGCUGGUGUUGAAGGUUGAUGUGGUUUGGUUUUUCGUCUAGGCUUUGGUUUUUCCAGUGUCCUGCUUGUCCUGUGCUUAGAGCUGAGAUAUAACAUCUGGAACUGAUUUUCUGGAACUAUGUGGUCCACAUAUAGUGCUAGAAUAAGUCUUGGUCUUCAUUUCAAUCAAAACGGAUUGUGGGAGGGGCAUGGGAUGUGCCUAUUUGAUGUUCACACUGAAAAGUCAAGCAAAGCUACUACAGGAGCAACAUAAAACUAGCAGGAUCAACAUCAGCUUGCUACAAAACUUGCUGACAAACCAGACAGAGUAAAGACACAUUGCUUUUAGUGACAGAAGAAUCAAAUCUGGGCAAAUCUUGUUCUAGCUUAGGGGGAAGAGUAAGGUAUGUUCAAGUCCCAGUAUUUUACCAUCUUUGCCAGAUUAUCCAUUAUUUAGCCCCUGUUGUUAAUUCAUUUGAUCUGGUAGCAAUGGCAACUAGCAGCAGGUACUGCUUAUAUUGUAAUCAAGAGUUGUCUGAAUUUAUCAUGCCAGAGCAAAUUUCAUCAUCGCCAACUGCUUUCUGGUUGAGAUUUAGUGGCUGAAGCAAAACCCAGCACAGGGAGUUUACAUUUUGCACACAUAGUGGCUUGAUGAGUAUGGUAUUCUGAGCAUGCAUUACCUUGCAUAGAACACAAGCACAGCUUUCGGCCGCUGCAUCUGUUAAUGCCUUACAGCCAUGAUCAGUCAUAGGCCUGUUACUUUGUCUUCAGUCUCUGGCAUGUCCAUCCGUAUCUAACUGCAGUGAGUUACCCCAGAUCUUGUUUAUAAACAAAAGGCACUUAGCUAAGUGAGUUUUAGUGUGUGCGUCAUUGUGCAUGUUUGUGUGUGAGAGAGAAAGGUUGCAUGGAUAUGUAUGCAUAAAUGUGUGUGCACACGUGGUGUAUACACACCUAACUGUACACCUGUAUUUUUUGUCAGUGCUUUUGUACAUGUGUGCCUGUUUGUAUGCUUGUAUUUGUUUUCCCAUGUGUGUUGGUGCGGCUGUGUGUUUUGUAUACAGCCACUGUUUUGUUUAAACUUCCGAAUAUUUUUAAAGGCUUUUAAUUGAAAGUUUUAAUAUCUUUUUUGUUAUUAUGUGCUGUUUUUAUUCCCAUUAGGACCAAGCGUUCUUUUGUGCUACAUUUUAUAUGUCUUUUCUUGUCAGGUCUACCAGCAGUAUGCAUAGAUUGUUUUUUUUUUCUGCCCAAAAGGAGAGCAUAUGCUAUUGAAAGCUUUUGUCUGAUUUGUUUAAGUGUAUAAAUUUUAAACUGCCACAAUUUGUUGCCUACAUGCAGUAUAUCAAGAACUUUGUCCUGACUGCUCCAGCAGUACCAGGUCAAUCUUUGGCCUUGCGUCCUGCAUUUCCUUAUUCCUGUGUCCCAUUGGCCCCGUGCCCUUUCCUCAAAAUCUCUUGUUUUAAUGCUGCGGCCUUUUUUUUGUUUUUGUUUUUUGGUUUUUUUUAAAGAGAUGUUUUGUGCCCUAUAGAUAAUAUUUUGAUUCAUGCACCCUUCCAGGCCUGUUUAGCUGUGAUAUAUAUCUUGUCAUCUUCAGAUUGUUAUCUAGGCAGAGUAGCUCAUUAACUGGUACAAACCUUGUGAUGUAAAUGUCAGUAACUUCAUGUGUAUGUGUGUGAUUUGAGUACUUAUUAUAGAUAAAGAGAUUUAUAUUAUAUAUAUAUGAGUGGAAUAUGAUUAUAUUAGUACACCCAUUUCCUCUCUUCCUCACAGACUCUCCUCCUUUCCUCUGCGUAUCUUGCUAAUAAUGCAAUAUUUUCAUCUCAGGGUUUUUUGCUGUGAGUUUGCAGAUUUGAACUAAUACAAUAGGCAUGCUGUCACACGUUGUGAGCACCAAAGAUUCUGCCCUUUCUUCCAUUUGUUGUAAUAUGUGUGUGGUGAUGGGAGGGCAUUGCUGUGUGAUGUUUGUGUGUUACGAUAAGAUGGUUGUGUACAUGUCAUACUGAAAAAGUGAACAAGAGCGCUUGCUGUUUAGACAGUUUAUUGGCAUUUUUUUUUUAAUUGUCUGUACCAUGUAUACUGGUAUAACAGUUUUAGACUGCUUUUGUUGGAAACACAUUUUCUCCUGAAUCGCAUUUGCUGGACAGUGCUACCCAUGCAAUACCCAUCUGUUACUUUUAAGAAGAAACCAAUAGGUUGUAUCUGACCUGAUAUUUAUCUUUUUUCAGAAAAAUGUCAUACUGCACUUGUUUCUUCUCAGAAAGCACGUCAGCAAAGUUAUGAUUUUCUCCAGUAUAUUCUCUAGUAGCUCCAAAAGACUUGUAUUAUCCAUUGUGUUUCACAGAGCUGCAGCUAGAAUGUUAAAAAGAAUGUGGGGCACAAAGGACACAAAGGACACUUUUGAGAAUGCAGUAGAACAACCUCAUUAAGCUAUAUUGCCUCUAUAACCUCUUUUAUGUAAGUCCUAUCAAUAAAGUUGAGGUGUCGCUGGGGAAUUAACGUGUGCUAUUUUCAGUAGUGAAUGUGAAAUGGAAGGUUAUGGAAAUACAAUGAAAACCAAAAAGUUUAUAUGGAUUGGGCCAAUUAGAAUUUGGACUGAUUAUCAAUUGAUUGAUGUUGUUUGUUGGAGAGCAAAUGCUGUUACUGAUGUAGAUUUUUAUCUAAAGCUUAGAUGCUUUGAACUUUGAAACACCCCUUCCCUCUUUGUACCUUUUUGACCUGUGUGAGAAUGCCGUUAUCAGUUUUUAACUCAGAAAUACCUAUAAAUCAUUGCAACCUUGUGACAAACUUUGUACUCUACAAUAUGGCAGACAAUAUUUUGAUAUAGCAUGUGUGUGAAUUUUCUUUGGGAUUCCAGCAUAUUUUUUAUUUCUGACUUAAGAUAAAAGGACAGAAAAAAGAGGUUGUUUAGACUUGUAAGUGGCCUUUACUACCAAUUUCCUUCACUUCGUAUUGAUAUAAAUGAGAAUAUUACACAUCCUGGCUUCCACCUUCGUUUUUGUACUAAGUCACCUCAAAAUUACGCUGUGGUUGAUCAGCUGCAGAGUUUUUGCCUUAAUGCUUCAGUGUGAUUUGUCUUUGAUAUUUGACAUGGAUCUGUCGUUUUUAUGUUUCACAACUCUUAUCAUUGUUAAAUCGUCGGUGCCCUCUAUGUAUCUAUCAGUAUUAGACACAGGUGUCCCCUGCUGAGAUGCAACUGGUAUUCUUUUUUGUAGAACAUACUGUCUCUUAGGUUUCUUUCUCAUGUUUAUCUUUAAUACUUAACAAAACCUGAAGUUUAGUUACCGUUCUCUGAGGCACUAUAGAUACCAGAAAAGUCUAAUAUUAAAUGUGGAUCAGAGACAAAGUUAAAUGAUUGAGAAGGACAGAUUUUGUCAGGUUUAUCUGUUACUUAAGUAACUUUGAGGAUGCUUUCACUGCAGUAGAUUUCAUAAAUUGCCCGACUUUCAGACAUUGGCUAGCUUCAGUUUUCCUUAGAAAUUCCAUCUGCCAAAAAAGUUGAGAGAAUGUGUGGCCAUCUUAUCCUAGCUUUUGCCUUUCAGUCAUAUUUUAAUGUUGUACUUUACAGUAAAUUAUAAUUUUUUAAAAUUAAACAAUUAGAUGCUGGAAAUAACAUCUUCGGGAUACAUGUUUUAAUAAUGGCUCUGAGAUUGUGAAAUGUGAAAAAUAAUUCAAACUUUUCUUUUUUUAAACCUCAUUUACUUUUCCCAUCUUCACUUUUAAAAAAUCUGAUAGGUCCAAGAUCACAUAGUUACAGAACAUUUAACAACUGAUCUGGUAUGUUACACCAAAUAGUAUACCAAGAAUAACAACUGCACAUGGGACAACAAAAUGUAAAUUAGAAAUGAUCUUACAAUUCUGAAAGACUCACAAGGGAAAAGUCCAGUUACAGUUAGCAUAUUUGAGAUCACAGAAACAUACUGUCCCUGACUUUGCAUUGUAAGUGCUUGAAAAUAAAGAUAAAAAUGUUUUUAAAGUUUUUUAAAGUUUUGGUGGGUUUCUCCUUUCUUUUUUGUCUUAUUCCCAAUUUCAGAAAACACAUUUGCCUGUACUUCAUAAUUUUUUUUUUAAAUCAUCAUGGCUUGUUAAUACAGCAUCUAGCAUAUCAGAUUUAUGAGAACUGCCUAUAUUAUUUUCUUUUUUUGAAACUUUGUCUUAAUGUGUGUGCACUUACAUUAUUGAAAGUGGUGAAAUGCCCAUCAUAUCAUUGCCAUGCACCAAAAGCUCAAAUAUUAGGCAGCCUGCUAUAAGCCAGAGACAAGCGCUGAAAAUAGCCCACUGUUGUCAGUUUUUGUUAUUAUUUCAAUGUUUUUUCCAAUCAGUACCACACUGGCUAAGAAAGCUUAGCUCAAUCUGCUUCUUGAAAUGCACAAGGUUUCUCACAGGAUGAUGUCAUCCAAUGCUUAUGACAGUACAAAUGGGUGCAAAUACCUCUGUAAUUAUCAGCUAGCUUUCAGCUUUGUCUUGGUCAGCCACUAGCCAAGGAUGUUAAUGGGAGCUGGUCUCACGCUUUUUUCAUACUCUUAACAGCAUUCCUGUGCGAUUCUGGCUGACAUGUGGCUAGUCUGUUGCUUUAAUAUUUUUCAUUUUAUUUAGGGAUGGGUUUGGAUGUUUCCUUUAAUGAUUUUGUGCAUUGAUAGAAAAAUAUUUGUUGAGUCUAGCAUGCUUGUUGUUUGCCUUUGUGAUUAACCUUGCUUGGAUAAUAAUAUUAGAAAGGCAAUGACCUUAACAAAACUGCACCCUGUCUGGCCAAUAAUCACCUAUGAUUUUCUGAUGAUAGACCAGGUUCUUUCUUUAAAGAUAUUUACACAUAAUAUCUGCUGUAGCAACAUGGGUAGUUUAUGCAUUUUGAAUUUUAAACAACGUUGUGUAUUUUACAGUUGUUUGCACUUAUUUAUUUUUGUUUAACCUACGAAAUCUUGUCUUUGACCAGAGAAACAUUGCUUAGUUGUGCUUAAUUUCCUUUACAUCUCUGUUGAUAUUUUUGCCAGCUAACAGAUACACCUCUUUUAAACUUGCCUAAAUGCAUAAAGCACAAGAUUUUUGGUACACUUUUCAAUGUUGUCGUCAAAUGCAGGGCUUAAGAUUGGAGUUAGCCUGCUCGUUGCUGGCAGCAGACUGCUUAGAAUCAGUUUAUGCCUUGUGACCAUAGGCAUUGCAUUUAUUGUAAAGUCAGUCUCUUUUUCACCCGUCCAUGGCUUGCAAUAGUGUGAGAAAUACUGUGUGUUUGGUCGCUCUGUUUCUUCCCCUUUCACUCACUUUGUCUCUGCUUGUGUUACAUCUGUAUGACACCUAUGGCGACCAUGAUAGAAAUGCCUUAUUUUUCAGUGCAGGGAAAUAUUUUCGUAGGGCGUCAGUCUCCCAAAUGUGUGCAUCUGUCUUGUUCUGCAUCUUCAUUUGUCUUUCAGUUGACUACUUGUGAUAUCAGAAUUCCAUCAGUCCUAGUGAUCUUUCAGUAAUAGAUGUUUAAAGACAUUUUAAAGAACAUUUUCUUCAUGGGUAGAGAAUUGUAACUUUUUCCCCCAAAGUUAUAUAAAGGGUGGGUGUAAGUACCUAGUUUUUCAUUGAUACAUGUAAUUGAUUCAAGGUAGAGGAGUUUAUUGUUAGAGGUUAAUGUCUAGCAUUAGUAUUGUGAAGUUCCAUCAGCUUACAGAAACUUUGGAAGCAAAAAGCUGAGUAGAAUACAUCAUGAAGAUAGUUUGUGAAAUACAUCAAGGAAUAAACAACAAGCAGCAUUUAACAACACAUUUUCUUCGUUAUUGGUGUACAUCAGUUAAGACAGUAGAGCAAGAUGGAGAAAACGGUGAUUUGGUCUCUCCGCAUGCUUGUGCUUGUGCAUGUGUUGGUCUAUCAGCAAGAACAAUGGAGCAAUGGUGAGUAUUUAAACCUUGAAAACGGCUUUAUUGCUAAAAGGUUUUUAGGCUUCCAUAUUCAUUGCUCUAGCUUCAAUUGUCUUUCCUCUUCUUGCUGUUUAGCACUGUGGGAUCAUUGUUUUUGUAUUUGUCUUGCUGGAGAGGGAGAUUGGGGGAUCUCAGAUAAUGUGCUGUUUCGCAUGACUGUAGUCUGUAGAGAAAUAGAGAGCUGCUUGCACAAUAGCCCCCUGUACAGGUUUCUGUUAGUUCACUUUUUCUAUGAAGACUUUAUCUCAAUCACCUCAUUCCAGUGAGGUCUGUAUCCAGCAUGAGACCAGAACAUUGAGAAAAGUAAGGACAGAGAAAUAGACUAUUUUUUAUCCUCAUUUUCGUGGUGAUCAGUAGUUUUUCAAAUAGUUCUUCUUAAUGAUCUUUGUCUUUUUACAAUGUGUGGCAGUGAUUGUUUGGCAUUAUGCCAUAGCCAUUGACUGAAUGAUAGUUUCAUAUCAGUUGGUAUUUCAUUAUUUUUUUUUUUUUAAAGAGGAGGGGGAGAGGUGAUGGGUGUGUGCACGUGGAGGGGUGGAUAUGGCAUGUGGGUCAUGCCAGUGCAAAAAUGCCAAAACCGUGUGGUGUGUGUGUCAUUUGUGCAUGAACUUUAUUUUAUGUACAUUUAUGCAGAACCCAUAUAUUUGUCUCAAACGAUCAACCAGAUUUGCUCCAGCACAAUGUUGGCUUGUGUUAGAUCUUGUCUCCAAGUAUUCAGACUGCAUUUUAUUAUUGUAUUAUUUUGUAUUCCUGUUGCCUUGUGUCAUCUCAUAUGAAAAAAGGUAUUCUUUGAUCAUUAAUAUUGUUGACAAAAGCAGUGGUGCGUUAUCUGCCAUUUAUUUUGCCGUGUUGUCCAUUUUGUGUACCUGUGUGCACGCACAUACAUGCCUGAGUGUGUGCUUACUGUAGUGUGUAUGCAGUUCACUAUUUAAUGGCUUUUAUAAAGAUGUUUGAAAGGCAGCAUUAGCCUCAGCCAGGAAUCUCCAUGCUGCCACUGUGUCUGCACACACCUAAUCCCCGAGCAUUUUUCUUUAAUGCAAAUUCAGAUUAGUUAGCGGAAAGAAGACCCUUGCAUAACUGUAGCAUUUGAAUGGAAUGUUUGCUGUUCCACAACUAUUGGUAGCAAAGAGUGCAUUGUAAUGCUGCCAUUUCCGCAGAAAUUUGUACUUGCUUCGGUGUUUUACUUUUGCAUUGACUGUAGCGGCCUUUAUUUAUUGCUCUAACAAUGUGUCAUUCCUGCCAAAAAUAAAAAGGUCCCAGUUGUUGGGGAAUUCAAUGCAUUUGCAGCUGCAGAGUAUUAGCUUUAAACUAGUCAGUGGAGUAGACAUAAUGCAGAACCCAUUGUAGCCGUGUCUUGUCAGCAAGAAAUAUAUGCCUGCUUAUUUCUGAUGAUGUACUGCUUAGUUGUGCAAUAACCUGCUUAUUAAUCUUUCCUUUCCUGCUGUUUUGCCUGUCACCUGCAGUCUGGUAGACUGCUGUUUGAGUCCAUGUGAUAAGUAUCCUUUGCAAAGGUAGAUCUGAUUCUUUGGCUGGUUUUGACAUAGCAGAGACCAACUGUGCAGCUAGCAACACAUUUUCAUUCCAUUCUGCUCUUUGCUCUUGCUAAUAAAAGCACUGUGUGAAGCUGUUUUAAAAUCUGCCUCUAGACCUGAUUGUGAUUUUUAAAGUCCAUUUUUUUGUGCGAGGAUGUAUGUGCUGAUAUGGGCUUGUUAUAGAAUUUAGGUGCUUAAUUGUUUCUGGUGUUGGAUAUCCCUUUCACAUGGCCAAUUUUGAUAACUGAAAACGAGCUGUUUACUUUCUUGUCUUUUUAAAAUGCCACAUGUAUCAGCAAGACAUUAGUAUUUCACUCUCUCAGAUUCUGUGUGUAGUUCUUAAUUAAACUGCUGUCACAAGAUUUAUGUAGCAUCAGUGGUGCCCAGCAUGAUCCGCAAUCAUUAGAGAUGUGCUUGGGUGUUUUAUGAUGUGGUAAACGUAGGCUGGCACCUCUUUGUUAGAAAAGGGGAGAGGGAAAUAGCAAGUGCAUCUGUUUAGAGACUGAUGUUUGGCUUUGUCUUAUGAAAGUGUGUUUCAAAACAGUUCAAAUAACUUAUAUAUUUUGAAAAUGUGUAUUCUGUUGCUUUGUUUAUGGUGGUUCUUUUCAUUACCAUCCUAUUUGCAUACGGAAUCAUUUUGCUGUGAACUGUAUCAGCCCAUGUGAAUAGGUAUUGCCAACUUUAUGUGAAAAUCCUUUUGUACUUUUAUGACUUUUUCUCUGGAGAACAGAAAUUUUGCUAGGCUGUUUCUGUGAAAUACUAAAUUGAUUUCUUCUAUUUUUUUUUCAACUAAAAAAGAAAUCUUUGAAAUAAUGCAUUUUUCUUUUUAGGAUUCCAUCUUGCAGAGAACUUGUAAAAACAGCUUUUUUCUACUGAGCAUUGCAAUUUCUCUCAGAGACUUGUUAUUAUGUCGCAGUGAAGGGUUAGAAGCUUUAUUUGGUGUAUUAAAAAAAAUCGGCUGAUUGUGUAUCAGUUUCUGACCUACGUGAAUAUUGGUACUUGAGUAAUUUGGUUAACGUGUACCUUACCACUUGCAGCAGCAGCAGCAGCAUUAUAGAGCCUUUUUACAGCACCUCUUCUUCCGCCUAGCCCUAAACCCCUUUCCCAUCAGUGCAUCUUUCAGGUCAUGUUUCUCUCUCACAAGAGUACUGAUUAUCAAAUAUCACUAAUGAGCAUGUAUAUCAGUAUAUAUAUAUCUAUAUAUUACAUAUAUUUUACAUGGUACUGCCUUCAGCCGUGGCAGCAGUAGAUUUUGUGAUAGAUUUUAUGCUCACCAGCUUGUGUACCACAUGAUAGCGAGUGCUUCUGUGUUUUGAAUGUAUGUUAGAUACUUGAGUCCUGCAUCUCCACUGCUUGGCAGAAGAAAACUUUAAGCUUGCUCUAGGUAAAUGCAGCUGUUCUUAAUGCUAAAGAAAUUGAAUACUUCUUUCAAAACACUUGCGAUGGAAGUAUUAGAAUGAAAUCACAGGACAACUUGCUCGGUUAUUUUUCUCCUGUCCUGCACUUGUCAUGUUUAUGCUGCACAAGGGAGUGCUAUGGCAGCUGUGGCCUGGCCACUUUGUCCUCUGCUGCACAGCUUGUGACAAGCUGUUUUAUUCUACACCCCUUUCACUCCAUCCAGAGGUGCAUUUGUGGGGAACACUGUACACUGUAGGGUCCACCAGGAGAUGGAACAGCAUGGCCACAGUUCAUUGAAGCAGCUGGUAUAACACUAUCCAGCCAGCCAGCCAGCCUUCUGCAGGCUUUGAACCAGGGUAUCCUCAAAGUAAAUCAAUAUUGGUUGCUUGUGCUAGAAGUAGCACAUUUCUGCCAGGUGUUGAUGCAGUGCUGUUACCAGUUGAGCAGGUGGGAAUGUGAAGUAGAUGUAGAUGGCGCAGAUCAUCUUAAAGGAUGGCCCUUUGUUUUUGUGCAUGAGAAAUGUGUAUUUGUGUGAAGUAUGAGCAGUUACUAUGUGUGGGGGUGGGAGUCGUUGCUGAACUACUUGCAUGUCCGCAUUUAUGCAUGUUCUCAAGAAUGUACACAAACCAGUAUGAUCAUAACUAGAAUGCUCAUCCUGCCACAUGCCACAUUUUGAAUAAUGCAGAUUUUAUGACAAAAAAAAGAGAUUUCUGUUCCAAAAUUCAAGAUGGAGAAUGUUUCUGCUUUUUUUUUUUAACAGUACUGUUUUCAUCUGCACUGUUCUUGAAGACGUAUGUAUGAUUUUUUGUUCUCCUCGAGCAGUCCAUAAAUGCUUUGCGUUAAGGCAAAACAAAUGUGUAUGUGCCCAAGAUUGUUUUUUUUUUAAAGUGAGCUGUAGACCUUUGUAAUAUUGACAGGUAAUUGCAGUUAUAAAAUCAGGCAAGUAGCCUGAAUGAAGGCAGUUUUUGAGCAGAAUAGGUUUUUGUGUUUUAUUAUUUUAUUAUAAACAGUUUCCAAAAAUACAUAUCAAAUAUUUCAAGUUUCUUGAUGAGAUAAUAUUGAUUGAAUACAAGUGUUUUCUGAUCUCUGAUUAAACAACUAUCCAUUUAGCAGAAGGCAAGAAUAGUCUAGGUAGUGUCUUGUUGUGUUAAGCAUUCUGACUUGAAGACUGCUUUUUUUUUUUUUUUUUUUUAUCUUUUUUUCAGAAAGUAUUACAUGAAGGCUGUAGCAUGACAGACUUUGAAUAAGUGUUAUUUUGUAAUGUCUUUAAGAGGUGCACAGACGCCAAAGAAAAAACAUACUUCAAAGUGGAAUAAUAAUGAAAAUACAUGUACUUGAAUAAUUAUUUUUUGACGCAUCCUGUUUUUAGUGUUGUGUAAGCACAAAUAGUUGCAGGUAGGUUCCAAACAAUUUGGAGAUUUAGCACAAGCAAAGAGUGCCCUUAAUUUCCAUAUAAGUAAGAAUCAGCGGAUUACUGUCUCAUAUUCCAAUAUUUAAGAUAAAUAAUAAUAUAUUUUGCAACGAUUGUAGGUUCAUCUGUAUGCAGAAGUUUUGUAAUCAUUACCAUAUGGUCAUGGAUCCAGUGGAACCAUCUCAUCAAUAAGCCGCCAAAGUUAAGGUUAGGAAUAGAGUUUUUUUUUUAAUUAUUUUUUGAGGUAAUUAUCAGCAUUUCCCCAGCAGUAUCGUGAUCAUGUUUGUGAACACAUCCCCCAUGAAAACCUUGAAACCUUGAGAGAAAGGUUGGGGCAACAGGAGCAUAUGAUCAGCUGGAAAUCAUGUUUUGUGUCUUGUCUGUGGACUGAGUAGCAUUUGCAUUAGUACUCGCUAUUGUUUUGUCUUCUCUAAGUGGUGGUGGUGGUGGCUUAAGAGCAUUGUUCUGAGCCUGACGCACUCAAACGCGCAAGAAAAAAAAAAUCAGUGCUCCUAGCAUAUCCUUGACCCCUAGUUAUCUUUCUUGUACAGUUUUUGCGGCACGUCUAUAGUACAUGGGGUGAAUUUAAAAAAAAAGUUUGUGACUAUUACAUUUUUGUCUUCAUUAUAUUUAGACUAGAUCUUGUAAUGAUUGGAAAUACUGAACUACAAAUAUGCUUUAUUUGUUUGUAAUAUAACUUUGGAAAUAACCACCUGUAUUUGGUAUUAUGAAAGCCAAGUUACUCUGUUUGUUCCCACUUAAUGGUCGCUAGACAUGUGGUGGUUCAUACUUCUGCAUAUUUUAAAUAUUUCAUGUGUGUGUCUUUGAAUAAUAAUUUCAAUCCAGUCAGUAAAUUUAAAUAAAGUAGAAGGUGCACGCUUCAAAAGUAUUUGUCUAGGCUUCAGUAUACUAUAUACAUAUGUAUCUAUAUAUCUCCCAGCUCCCUUUUAAGAUUUCAACAGUUUACAAAAACACAUUGAAAAUUAUCAAGAAGAUUGUAAUUUGACAGCGUGUUCAUGGAUUGUCGCUUUUUCCUUUUUUGGAUAUUCAUAUAAUAAUUACACAUACUUAAGCGUAAUAUAUUCUUCCUUUCCACACAGUGAUGUUGACAAAUAAUCGAGAAACUUGAAUUAUCACAUACUAGCGCUUUCUUCUUUUGUGUAUGCCAGACCCCUUAAAGCACUUGAUGCAUGCAGUAGAUACACAUUGCAAUGAGUAUCUAUGGAAUUUCAAUAGACCUUGAGUGUCAGUGGUUGAGACAAAUGUUUCAUAAUCUACUACUUUCCUUGCUUUUUUUGGUUUAAUUUUUAUUUUCCUAGGGUUUUUGGUUCGGCAGUAUCAUCUGGUGUCAUGAGGGAAUGUGUGCAUACAGUUUGAUGUCUUAGUAUUUUAAGAAUAAUUUGACAGGAUUUUGGUUGUCUGAACAAUUUUAGUUUUUCAAGGAAUCUGACUUUAGAAGAGACCACUGGGUACUUUCAAACCAGUUUUAGAACAAUUUCUGACAUUUUUUAAUUUCUCAGCCAUUUUAAUAGGUUUUAAAGUUUGUAUCAAAAUCUUGAUGUACACUUGAUGAGAAUUAAUGAAAAUUAGGCUUUUCCAUGACACCAGUCUUCCUGAUCUGCCACGUAAGAUUAUUGUGGACUAAGGGAUUGCUAAUUUUAGAUGGGUGUUUGACACUUGAUUGUUUUAAGCCUUUUGCCUUCUUUUUACAUUGCUACUAAAGUGUUUAUUCACAGAACCUCAUUUAUUAUACCUCUGCAAUAAAGAGAUCAAAUGUA